CAAGAUACUAGUUUUGCUUUGCCAGCAAAACCAGAUGACUGUGACUGUCUAAUUUUGCAAUAACAGAAUGCGACCGAGUGAGGGAGCCCUCGCGCACGGCACUAGCCUCUUAUUUUUAAAUUUUAACGGUCACUGUUCUGGGUGGGAGGAGUGUGACAAUGGCGCUGAGGCAGCUCUCAACUGAGGAGCUGAUAAAAAAGUUGGUGGACGCAGGAGUCGAAAUAACAGCAGAGGAGGCUCAGAGGUUCAGAGAAAAUGAUGUGGAUGGAGAGACAGUUGACUGUGGACUUACAGAAGCCAUGAUUGCUUAUCUCUUUGAUAAGUCUUUCAAAAAACAAUUAAAAUUUAGAGAUUUUGUGUCUCAACACAAGGAAGUAAUUCUUUCUUUGGAUGAUAUCACACCAGAUGUAGAAAACCUGACUCAAAUUGAAAGAAAGGAGCCAGUUUGCCAAAGACUGCCUGCUGUGAUGUCCAUUCCGUGUUUUCCAAAAGAUGUCCAAAGCCGCCUGGAUGCCAAAGAGAGUUGUCAGAAGGUCCCAAGAGAUCGUAACAAAAUUAUUAGGACACUCUAUGAAAUGAUGGCACAGUACACAAUGUAUCCUACCAAUGCAGAGUAUGUUCAGGUUGCCAAAGCUUUGAUUGUGAAGUACCCUUUCUUGAAGGAUGUUGAGGGGAAUGGUUAUCAUACCUGGCAUAUGUCACUUAAGAGGAAGUUCAAGGCAGAACGGGCGCCACUUCUCAACAACACCGAGGUCAAAAAGUUUAAAGAGAAGUUUCACCAAGCAAGGAAGUCAACAGAUGGACCUGAAACUUUGCAUGUCAAGCGUACUAAGACAUUUGUGUUGUAUGAUGAGGUUGAUGACAUCCAUCCUUUGACGGUGAACAUUUGUCGUCGCUUCAACGAGGGAUUUACAGCUUUACUCCCUAAUUUGCUGAAACUUGUCAAGGGGACGUUGCCACUAAAAAAACUGUAUGUGGAGGUGAGAGAGGAAGCUCUGGCUGAGGACCUUCCAGGCAUUGACUUCAGGGGUGGACUUGUUUUUUUGCCAUCCAUCUUCAGGGAGAACAUUGACCACCUCAUUUCACUUGGAGAGGGUGAACCUGCCACACCGUAUCCUACAAUUCAGCUGAAAGACAAGGAUUGGAAAACUGCCAUUUCUAGACGAAGUCAGAGUGUGGUGAAGGUUGAUGGAGUUGAGGUGUGCACUUGUGCUGCGGUAGAUGAGGCCUUCAUCACAACCUUUUGUAUGUAUUUCACCUUCAACAUUGCAUACCCUCCACGGCUGAGAAAUACCAUGACAUUUCUCCAGAGGUGCAUUCUACACAUCAAGGAGGAAGGAGACAAGCCAUUGCCAGUAACUGUGACACGAGUGAUGAAUCUUCUGUAGAUCUAUGGCUCCACUGCACCAAUGCCCAAAAUGCCCACGUAGAACUUUCACCCUUGUAAAGCUUAUACAACACAUUGGACUUGUACAUGCACACAAAGCUCACUUUAGCAUUACUUGUGGUAUAAAUGAUUGCUGUUCUACUUUUUCCAAGUACCAUUCUUACAGAAGACACGUGUACAGAAAACAAACACAGUGUUUUUCCUUCCCCUGGGAGCAACGAAGAAGUUAAUGAAGAAUCAGUAGUGGAACAAGACAACACUUUUGAUGCAGAUUUAACCCAGCAGUCUACCCCACCAAGUAUUGAUAAACUGCUUGAAAAUUUAAGGGAGAACCUUUUUGGCUUUAUUCUAAAAUGCAGGGAAAAAAAACACCUUCCUCUGUCAGUUCAACAAGAUAUUGUUCAUGAUUUAAACUUUUUAUUUUGUUUUUUUAAAGAGAACUAUGACUUAUUCAUCUCUUAUC